GGGGAGGCAGUAGUGAGAGUGAGAGAGAGAGAGAAGGGAGAGAGGGAGCGGAGAGCCAGCGCAGAGCGGCACUGACGGGACAUCAUCUGGACCAGCCAACCAACCAAACAAACCAUUCCAACUCUUCUCCAGCGGGGGGAAAAAGCGUGAGAGCGGAUUGGAUUCACGCACGGACCUACAAUGAAAGGCUUACCUGGCUGUGUUUUUGUGGCGUUUUCUAUCACACCAAUCCCGCUUUGACACUGCGCUUUGAUAACUUUUUUCCUUUAGUUUUCUUUGGAGGAAUUUUGGGGACAGCAAGUCAAAAUCAUCAGACAUUUACAAUCAAGUUUUGGACUAAUCUGCUCUACUUGUUUGGAUAAACGCUAACUCCAGUCGGCACCAUGGACGAGGACCAGUGCUACUACAACGAGACCAUUGCCUUCUUCUACAACCGCAGCGGCAAAUAUCUGGCUACGGACUGGAACACCGUGAGCCGCCUGGUGAUGGGUUUGGGUAUUACCGUGUGCAUCUUCAUCAUGCUCGCCAACCUCCUCGUCAUGAUCGCCAUCUACGUCAAUCGCCGCUUCCACUUCCCCAUAUACUACCUAAUGGCUAACCUAGCUGCUGCCGACUUUUUCGCCGGGCUAGCUUACUUCUACUUGAUGUUCAACACGGGACCUAACACGAGGAGGCUAACGGUUUCAACAUGGCUACUACGGCAAGGUUUGAUCGAUACUAGCUUGACUGCUUCCGUUGCUAACCUGCUAGCCAUCGCCAUCGAACGCCACAUCACUGUAUUCCGGAUGCAGCUACACACGCGCAUGAGCAAUCGGCGAGUGGUGGUCGUUAUCGUGAUUAUUUGGACAAUGUCGAUCGUCAUGGGCGCCAUUCCGAGCGUUGGUUGGAAUUGUAUCUGUAGCCUAAAGUCGUGUUCCAAUAUGGCGCCUCUGUACAGCAACUCCUACCUGGUGUUUUGGGCAGUGUUCAACCUGGUGACCUUUGUCGUCAUGGUAACGCUGUACGCACACAUCUUCGUUUACGUGCGCCAGAGGACCAUGAGGAUGUCGAGGCACAGCUCCGGACCGAGGCGGAACAGGGAUACGAUGAUGUCUCUGUUGAAAACUGUGGUCAUAGUGCUAGGUGCCUUCAUCAUCUGCUGGACCCCAGGCCUCGUCAUCCUCCUCUUGGACGUCUUCUGUUCCAGCUGCAACGUCCUCACCUACGAGAAGUUCUUCCUGCUUCUGGCCGAGUUCAACUCCGCCAUGAACCCCAUCAUCUACUCGUACCGCGAUAAGGAGAUGAGCGCCACCUUCAAGCAGAUCCUGUGCUGCCAACGCCAAGAGAACGCCAAUGGAACAGUGGCGGAGGGCUCAGACCGGUCGGCGUCCUCCAUCAACCACACAGUUCUGAGCGGGGGAGCGCAUCACCACAACCACAACAACGAACAUUCGGUGGUAUAAAGCGAGGUUACUAAAUGGACUGUGAACAGAUUAUAAACUAAAUUUCAGUAUCAUGAUGAAGAGAAAGACCAAUGGAGAAUCAAUAACACCACAUGGAAUUGAGAUUUUAAAGGACUCCAAGAGGCUGUUAGUGUUGUCGUGUUACUGAACUAUUUAAGAGUUAUCUGUGAAGUGAAGGUUAUGCCAGUAUUGUAACUUCUAAUAUCUUGUUUAUAUUAUUCAGGUUAACUUCCAAUAGUGUAACAUAACAUCCGCAUUACGUGAUUUUAAACAGCUGCCUCGUCUUGUUUGACUACAGAUAACAACUAAAAUGACUAGUAAAGCUAUUCAAAUCUUCAUAUUUUAUGUUGGUCAAAGUGAAAUUUAUAGAUUUGGGGUGGUACAUUUGCAGCGUUACACACUCAUUUCAGUAGGUGUUGAUAUUCGAAUUCUAUAGGUUUACUACACAAGUUAGAUCACACAAUUCUGUGCACUUUUUCUGCCAAUGUUCUGUUAGGAAUUUUAGUGCAGUUAAGGUUUUGAGUCUGAUUUUUUAAUUCCUGUUACAAUCAGCAUGCAUAUUAUGACCAACGAUAGGUUUGGGUUUGAAAAUGUCGCCCGUGGUAGAGCAAUUAUUAAGAUUAUGGCUCUAGUAAACUAUUUAAGUUGACACAGUACAGUACGUUUGAUUCAAAAGUUGCUAUACUUGAUGUUUACUGUCUUAAAAAUGUAGAAAACCUAGUUAAUUUUAAACAGUGCAUGCAUUUCUAGCAUCUGAACUAUCCACCGAGAUGAGGUUAUAAGCGCUUUUCAAAGUAGAGUUUUGUUGUGUCAGGAAAGCUACCAACAACUAUGCUAACACACACUUCCUGUUUAAACACUUAACAUAAAAACAAAAACAAAAUUUACUCAAAUACAUGGUAAAAAAUCAGGCGCAGGAUCUUUAAGUCUGGAUAAGUGGUAUCAUGGGGUAGACGUUUUUCUAAAUAAACAUAUCAGCCCUAUACUUCACUUCACUUUUAAAAACUUAAUAAUACGAAUCUAAGUAUUUGGGUAGAAGAGUUGCCAGAUCAACAAACAGCUUAGCAAAAUAACUGCCAUUGUCUUGUCUGAGGUUGUUGCUCGGUCAGUGGGAUACUCGCCUCUAUUUAAGAUCACAUGAGAGACCAUGACUGUGUAAACCCAAUGUUAACCAUGCUAACCUAAUUUAGCCCCUGAAGUGAGGAACACUGGUUAGAAGGGAAAAUGGACACGAGUCACCACUUAGCAACAAUAGAAAAACAGUACUUUUAGUGACAUCGAGCGGACUUACUCAUUGCACGGUUAAAUCACCGUUGUAUUUUUAGACCAGCCAUCUACUUCAUCUGUCAUCAGUUCAAAGUAAAAUACAAGGAGGAUCUGGAAUUGUUUAUUUGCCCAAAGGAAUUAGAGACAGGCUGUCCCGGAGCGUACCGAGACACGGAGGAGGAUGUUUGUAGCCUUUUAAAUGGAAGAUCUUGUGCCACAGUGUCACGCUACGAUAAGGUUAGGGUCAUAUCUGGUGAGCGUUAGUGGGCUUAAGAGAUCUUGACUUAGAGCUCGUGUCCUCAGUCGGAGUAGGUGAAAGGGCACAAUUGAGAAAGAGCAAAGAAAAGUGUGAGAACAGUUUAUGUAAAAAUGUCUCCCGGUGACUAGAAUGUGGUUGUGUAAACAGAAAAAGCUAGACGUCUUGGCUUUCAGCUGUUGGAAGAUUUUAGAUUUGUUACAUCAUGUUUGUACAAGGCUGAAAAAAUGAAGUCUGGUGUGGUAUGUCCAUUUGUAAAAGAAAGUGUUAGUCUCCUUGUAUAAUUGAGAAUUUUGAAGGCUUUUGGGUAAUAGAUAAGACAAGACAAAACAGACAAGAGGAUAACUUGCGCGUUUUUACCUUUGAAAAUCGUUCUGAUUGGCUGACCGUUGUCACCAAAUAUCACCUACAGAUAGGGUAUGUAGAGUAGAAUGGGACAAAAAACUCAAUUUGGCCAAAAAUGUAUCUGUAGGACCACGCUAAUCGAACCAGUUUCAAGGGAACGAAUUUACACUUUACCAAUUUUGCAACACUGACACACAUUUUGAACUGGUCCAUGGUUGUGGUCUGUGCUCAUAAAGUUCACAACUAGCCCAUCAAUUUUAACUCUUGAAGAAAGCUAGACCAUGGAAUACUUACAUUUUCAAAUAAGUGUGAUCAGAUGUUGCUAAGGAGCCUUUUGAUACCCUUUAUCCAGAGUUCUUCAUCGUUCAAGGCGCCAAAUUUUGGAAGUAAAGUAAAAGCAAUGUUGCAAGAUGAUUAAUUAUGACCUGCUAAAAACUAAAAUAAACAGAUGAAGGCCUUGUUCUCAGUUUUAAACCAUGAGUGCAGAAAGCAUGUUAUAACCCCUUAGUCCUUUCUCCUGAUCUUAUGUUGAACCAUGACAGAGGAAUAACCAUCUAUUACAGUGACAUACCAACAAUGAAAAUAGUGUCCAAGGUUGUUGCUUCUGUAUAGUUCUCAUCCAACUAAACAAUUUCUUUUAAAAUGCAAUGGUGAGAUAGCAGACUCUUUAUUUCAAAUAGCUGCUUUUACGCUACAGCAUGAUUAAAAGGGCAUGUCACCUGAUCUAUAACAAACACUAUAUGUGACAGGAAAAAAAUAAAUAAGAAUGUGUAAACAAAAUAUCUUGCUUUCCCAUAAACAUUUAGAACCAAACAUGACCUUUUUCGUAGCAAAAUGCCCAAAUACACAAAUAUCUCAUAUACUUCGCAGCUCUAGAUAAUUUGUACCUCUUGGUAGUAAUAGAUUGGUCAGGAGAAUUCAUGGCAGAGUCCAAAAACAACACGCCUGACUUAUUAACUGCUGCGUGCACAGAGCCAGGCGUACGCAGCGACUGUACUGCUGAAUUCACACUACAGCAUCAAAAACGUACCAAAUGCUUCUAAUUGGACACGUUUUCAUUGGAGGGCAGGCGCUUGUAACUCGCUGACGUGCAAAAGUUGAGAUUUUCCAACUCUCUCAAGAUACGCUUGAAGUACGGCACGGAAACGUUGGAUGCGAAAAGACACGCAUCGCCCAUAGACUUUGCACGUAAAUCUGGUCAGAAUGUGUAAUGUCUGGUUGGGUAAGCUUCAAUGAACGUUUCAUGAAGUGGGCUAGUCGAAUGGUUUAUGACCCGAGUAGAGUAACAUUGCCCACACAUGCCCCUCACCCGACAUACUAAAUUUGAGUCUAGACAUGCCAUGGCAAACACUACCAAAAGUCCAUCAAAAAUGUCAAAAAAAAAUGUCAAAAACAACUAUGGUUUGUAGCUGUCCAAAGUUAUUCCUCACUUCCUCAAUCCUAGCAUCCUAGUUAUUCACAGUGAUGACUUUAUAAGCACGUUAGGCAAUUUUCAGAGCCCAGAGCAGAGUUUUGCAGAAUUAGCAUGCUAGCAGUUCACUUCCUGAUCAUAAUUAGAUGCAGAUAGUACACUGUGGUCGACUCUAAGAGCUUAUACACUAUAUCUGUACCUGGGUAAAACACAUUUUGCCCAACUACUACUAAAGUACUUCAUUCAGUCACUUUCGUUUUCAAACCCAUGUAAGAGUAGUACUUGUGGUUAAUGCGAUGGAGUAAUGUCUCAUUUCUGUGUUACAUCAUCACGUCUGCCUAACUCAUUGAGAAUCAUGCUAAAAAUAGUCUAAUUUAGCGUAAAUCCACUUUUCUUUGUGUUUACCAGUCUUUUCCGUAUUAAUUUAACUGAAGUAUAUUUUAAAUGUCCAAACCAGUAUUAUUAUUAUUAUUAUUACGUUUUUUUGUGCACUCUUAAAACGUCUGGUAUUCAUUAUUGAUUUGAAAGUCAUUGUGCUGUGACGUACACUGUUAAAAAUGCCAGUUGAGUGCUUUGUCGUGACUUGAAUCAAAACACAUGUUCACCAAAUACAUGAACGUAGCCCGGAACAGCUGACGGAACAGUACGCAGCAGGGCCAGAGUACAGUGAAGUAAGUCUCUGCAGUGUGUCCAAAAAAAUGCGUUCUAGCAGAUUUUUGAUUAGCCCCAUGUGUCAUCGCUCAUGACGGGGAACUUAACUUCUUUGAUCUCGAGAAGGCUUGUCAGAAUCAACAAAACCAUUUUUAACAUGAAGGGAAUUCAAAUAACCGACUGUGCAAAUAUGAAUGGCAUUUUUAAACUUUUGGCUUUGUAUAUAAAUGAAAUUAAAACAUCUACAGACUUGUACAAGAAAAAUACAGCUAUUAGUGAAUGCAUUGUGGUCUCAUAACUUUAGAUUAAUUGUAACAAAACUGCAAACCUGAUCAAUUACAAUUUACUGGUGCCAUGACGGCUUGCAUUGGGGUGCUUUGACAAUUCUUCACUAUGUAACUUUUCUGCUGGUCUCCAUGGUGAUGGUAUUGCGUUGCCUGGAAUAUUCCACAAAAUGGCAAGGAGUGACGAGGCGAUAAAGGUAUAAAGAAAUGCAGCUUUCAAUGUACUUUUGAACAAAUGUAAUUGAAAUAAAUGCAAGGUAUGCGUUUAGAUUUAUUUGAUUUAACGCCAUAAUGUGGAACAUUCCAGACGAAGCAGUAAUAUCUCCGUGGAAACAACAAGCAGAUGGCAUACGCUGCACCUUUUAUAGAUCACAAUGCAUUUCAGUUUAGCGAUUUUCUACCAGAUUGUGCUAAACAUGUGAAGUAUACAUGUAACCAACUGUUAAUGCCUGGGUUGUGAACAUUAGCACGUGGGAUUAGCAUUUGGCUAACAUGCUAUUUUUUUUAUUUUUUAUUAUUAUUUUAUUGUCAUUUUAAAACAGCAAGCACCACCACAAUGCAUAUACCCAGUCUCUUCAAAUCAUGUUUUAAACUACAUUCACUGUUAUCGUGCAUUCAGGUGACAUCAACUUCAUGCAAUGUAUACCAAUGUAAGUAUAUGUACAGUGUGUGUAUAUAAAUAUGUAUUAUUCCAUUAUAAUCACCAAAGGGAAGUGUUGUGGUCUUGUAAAUGUGUGUUGGAUGUACUGUAGUGUUGCCCAUUUUUGUUAUCGUGAGCUCUUUUUGUAUUGUGAGCUUGUAAAGAAGAAACUAAAACAAAGUAUCCAAGUGUGCAGUGCCUUAUAAGUACCUGCCUUAACUGUCUUUACUAACAACGUAUUUAAUAUCAGAUGCCUUAAAAUAGAGGUACAAUUUGUCUCAAAAAACAGUAAAAUUGCGCAGGAUGUUUUAUCAAUAAACAUGUAAUGAUAAAAAAAAAACAAGUUAUAGAGAGUGUUCAAAUAUAAUGCUUAUCCAUGUUGUGCCUUUUCAUAAUACAAACGAUGAAAUAUAAUAUGUGAAAUAUGUUUUAUCUAAAUGAGCCCUUGAAUUACUGAGGUAAACAUUUUGAGAAAAAAAAAAACACAAAAAAUGAAAGAAAAUAUUCAUCAACAAAUUAGCAAAUUAGCGAAAACUUUGGGAAAACAUAUUUCUUUUAAUGGGACAAACAAAAAUAUACUAUCCAUCAUCAAGUAUUUGGGUCAAGUGCAAUGUUUAUAUGAUCUCAUGACUGGCUAAUUUGCAAAAUACAAACAAUUUAAAGAAACUGUAUGUAGCCUGUACUGUAACAAUUUGAAAAAGAAAUCACAAUCGCAUCUGAAGCUGGGUUGCCAGUACCUUAUCCUGCAAAUAGAGGACGUACACAAGUUUUUCUCAGUGUAUGUAAAGAAGGUACCUCAGAGACUGCACUAGCUCUGAUUAAUGUUUGGCUGAAGGUGCUGGGGUUUAGGUAGUGACGAUUCAGAGUCCUUUUAGGUUUAAACCGACUGGAUUUUUGCUUUGAAACUGGCAACCCAAAAGAGAGACUUAUGAGAGGCUCAUUCUGCUUUCUGAUUGAAUAAUUGUCUUGGGAACAAAAAUACCAAAUUAUAUUAACAUAAAUAAAUGAGACGCCAUGUCCAGUGUUUUGUAAUUAAAAAUACAUCAGCAUUAAAGUUUUUAAUAAAAGUUAUAUUUGAUUUGAAUAGGUCUACCUCAUAUCUGGGGACACAUAGGUCAUGUUUAUGUAAUGAAAAAUGUACAUACAGUUCCUUUAAAUCAUAUUGUCAUUUAUCCAUAGUCUGAAUUCCUCAUCUAAUCUGACCUCCAGAUUAGGACUCAAUGAACAGCCACAUGUGACAGGGGAAAAAUAUGUGUAAAGGAGAUACCUUGUUUUCAUACAAACAUUUAGAACCAAACUUUGCUACCAAAAAUGACCACAUUUUUUCUUGCUCUCUGUAGCACAAUGCCCAUAUCUAAUGAAACAUGCUGAUGCUCCAGUACAAAUAAAGAC